ACUUGGCUCUGCGUUAUAUUCGAACAAAACAGUUCUAAUAUCAAAUACACUAGUUUCCACCAUUUAAACAGCGUAAAUCCUAGCCAUUAUCAUCAAAAUAACAAAACAAGGACGAUAAGUUAUUUCCGUGAACGGUAAAAACUAAAAACCAUUAACUAUCGGUUCGCAGGGGUUUCAGUUUCUUAUCAGUACGUUGUCAUAGCGAGACGUUUUAUAAGUAAGCGACGCGCGCGGCAGUUAUCACUACAUGCAUCGAGCGCGCAGUGGCCAGUGCUUUGAGAAUAUUUAAAUCAUAUUUAUUAUUGAGUACCGACAAUGUUAGUGUUUCCACAACUAAUGCCAGAGAUAAGGGAUGGAUGCAGGGUGCCCAGGUGGAUGCCGGCAGAGCGCUUUGCACCAUAUUUUGCCAGGACUACUGUUUUGCCAAUUACUAAGCAGGACGAGGACGAAGACUCCAGAGGUGGGUCUUCCCCAGAACAUGGUAGCGAUUCUGGAGGGGAGAUCGGGGAAGGAGUCUGCGGGUGGAGGGGGUGCGGGGCGAGGUUCCCCAACGUGGCACGACUGUCCGCUCACGUAGCGCGGCUACAUGCUCACGCGUACAGAGAUGGACUCUUCUACUGUUCUUGGAAAGACUGUUCGAGACCACAAAGAGGAUUUAAUGCAAGAUACAAAAUGUUAGUCCACGUGCGCACACACACAAACGAGCGGCCGCACACAUGCAACCAAUGCCAGAAGAGUUUCUCCAGAGCUGAAAACCUGAAGAUACACCUUCGAUCGCAUUCUGGGGAAAAGCCUUAUAUUUGUCCUUAUGAGGGUUGCGGCAAAGCGUAUUCAAACUCCAGCGACCGCUUCAAACACACGCGAACACACACCGUUGACAAGCCCUACUGCUGCAAAGUCCCUGGAUGCAACAAGCGAUACACAGACCCAUCAAGUCUGAGAAAACAUGUCAAGACUUACAAACACUUCACUAACGAGAGAGAUAAUAUAAGGCGAAUAUCAUCAGACGAACGUCUUUCCGACAACUUAUCACCACAGAGAGAUAACGUACAACCAUCACCUAUGUCAUACAGUCCACCUCGUAUACCCCUUUCAUACAGUCCACCUUGUAUAACCUCAUCAAAAUUAUCCUAUAACUCCAUACUACAAUCGGAUGCAAUAGGCGCACCGCUAAGCUACGUACCUGUUAUGGAACAAAUCAACCCAUAUCCAAGACUUGACCUCUACUCGAUAAGAGUUCCAAAUAACGAAAUGUCCUAUUUGGAGUAUUCACAGAUGUACGACCACGCAUACAGAAAUUAUUACUCGUGCAGCUUCAACUACUCGCUUUUGAGGCCUGAUGUUAACGAAAAAGCAUUCGCUUAUGAAGACCAAGAGAGGUUUCAAGACAUAACAAUGAAUCAGAAUUCUUCAGAAUCUUCAGAAUCACUUACACCUGAGGAGGGACCUUUAAACUUAAUUUGUACCAAACGGCUGGACUGCCAAACUGAAGUACUGAGACACACAGACUUGCCUUUAGAUUUAAGUACUAAGAGUUGAUUGUUAAAUAAAAGAAAUAUUUAUUUGAAAAA